AUGUGGAACUGGCACUACAAGAAAACAGCGAAGAAGGGACGUUUCGUCAGUGGAAACGAUGUUGAGAACCGGACGACGCUUGGGUUUUGGGCUGGUCAUAGGAACUCAAAGAUACGUGUGAUACUCGCACGUGUGUGGGAGAACGACACUGAGCUAGAUAUUUCGAACAAUAGGAUCAACAGGGCGACGGGGCAUUUAGUGUAUCAGAAGAGAUUCUACAGGACCAAGUUUUGUAUAUGCCCUGGUGGUUCUCAGGUUAACAGUGCUCGUAUUACUGACUCAAUCCAUUACGGUUGUGUUCCUGUUAUAUUGUCAGACUACUAUGAUCUGCCUUUUAAUGACAUUUUGGAUUGGAGAAAGUUUGCGGUUGUGCUGAGAGAGCGAGAUGUGUAUGACCUUAAACAGAUCCUCAAGAACAUAACACAGUCAGAGUUUGUUUCGUUGCAUAACAACUUAGUCAAGGUUCAGAAGCAUUUUCAAUGGAACUCGCCACCAGUUAAAUUCGAUGCCUUCCACAUGAUCAUGUAUGAAUUGUGGCUACGCCACCAUGUCAUCAAGUACUGAUCCAAGACUGUUUUCUUUUUCUUUUUUUUUCCUACCACGUAGAUACGGUCCCAAGGUAGUAUGUAUACCUCUUGUAAGUUUUUUUUAAAAUAUCAUAGCUUACGACCAGGGAUGUUAAUUUGCAGGCUAGGGCCUAACC